AUGAUAUAUCUAAUAUUUUGUAUUAUACCAGUACUUUUUGUUGUAGUUCGUUUCAUAAAUACGAAAAACAAACCGGCGAUUUUUGGGAUUUAUCAACAGAAAAAUAAAACUUAUUGGCUUAAGUUUAUAUUCAUGUAUUUUGUAUUAAAAUUAAGGCAGUUAAAAGUUUAUCUGACGCGACUACCGACUGAAUUAAGGAGUGAAGGCGAAAUACACGUUCAAGACCAUGACGUGAGCAUUGAAAAAUGUUAUGAUUUAGGUGAUUAUCCUAAGUCAGUUGAUGGGGUCUACUUCAAUGGAAUGUCAGAGACGGGUGAGGCUCUGAUUUGUGGGUUGGCAAGACGGCCUCAACGUUCUUGUGACGCCUUCUUAUACCUUAAGCUCGGAGAAGAUGUACUGUUAACUCCAAGUCUUCCAGAUACACAUUUAAAGAAAUCAAGCGAAGAUGAUGAAGGUUAUGAUAUACAAGGCUUAACAAUAACGAACUUUGUACCGAUGCGAACUUGGAAAUUGAAAUACAACGGCGAAAUGAAGCGUCGUGGCGACGAAACUAAGAUAAAGGUAGAAGCGAACUUAACUUGGAGUGCUUCCUCGAAUCCAUUCAACUUUGACAUACAGAUGUCUGCUUGGAGUAUGGCUAACGAUAUGGCGAGGGAAUACUGGUCAGCUGAUUACUUUAAAUUGCUCAAGAAAUACCAUCAAACGCAUUACGAACAAGUGGGUUACAUGGCUGGCACUGUAAUAGUCAACCAAAAAAAACAUGAAAUUCACAUGCCUUGUGUGAGGGACCACAGUUUUGGAACAUUACGUGAAUGGCGUAACUUUCACCGAUACGUGUAUCACUUCAUAUUUCUCGAUAACGGCGACUUUAUCGCUGCCGGAAGUGUUUCACAGCCGAGUAUUUUAUCGCAUCUUACUAUUGGCUAUUAUUACUCUAAGGGGAACCACUCUAUGACAGCUAUCGACUCUUCCGAUUUCCAGUUAUAUCAACAUGCAGAAAAUCAGAUAAUUCCCAAGGAUUAUGGAUUUAGCUUUGAAGCAGGUGGCGUAUCUUACGCCGUAAAAAUACAAGAUAAGGAUGAAGUGAGUUUUUACAUUGGAAAAGACAGGGAAGCGAAAUUUUAUGAGAAAUGGUGUGAUGUAGAAGUAAACGGAUUGACUGGCCGCGCUUGUGUUGAAUGGCAUUACAAUAAUGUCGUACCAAAAUAA